AUGUCUGUGCCCGAUGCUCCCAUCAAGGAGAUCAUGAAGGACAUCAUGGAGAUGAGCAGAGGCGUCCAGCACCCCACUCGCGGCCUCUUCCUGCGCCACUACAUGAGCGGAGCGACGAGAGACUAUUUGCCAGUAGGGAGUGAUAUGGGGUACGUGCAGCUGGGGUCUGCGAUAUGCUCGUUGGGCAAGAAGACUGUACUGAUGUGCUUUCCUCGAUCUUUACGCGCAUCAACAGAUCUGGCGGCAACUUGCAGGACUCCAUCGGCUUUGUCUUGACCAACUUCAUUGAGAUGAACAAGCUGUGGGUGCGCUUGCAGCAUCAGGGACACUCGAGAGACAGGGAGAAGAGGGAGAUGGAGCGAAAAGAGCUGCGCAUUCUUGUUGGCACCAACUUGGUCAGGCUUAGUCAGUUGGACGGCGUGGAUCUGGAGAUGUACAGGCGAAUCAUCUUGCCAUCGAUCUUGGAGCAAGUUGUCAAUUGCAAAGACGUCAUCGCGCAAGAGUACCUCAUGGAAGUCGUCAUUCAAGUCUUCCCUGACGAAUUCCACUUGCGAACCCUUGGUCCGUUCCUCUCCGCCUGCGCUCAGCUGCACCCAAAGGUCAACAUCAAGCAGAUUGUCAUCUCAUUGAUUGAUCGGCUUGCUGCAUACGCAGCCAGAGAGGCCGAAAACGAUAGUCCUGAGGAGAUACGCAGGCAAGAGGAGGAGGCCGGGCGUCGAUUAG